AUGGCUGGCGCUGGCCAGGAGCGGGAGGUGUCCGACGAGGAUUGGGAGGAGGAUGACUACUUUGACGAUGGGGCAAUGGAUAUCAUGGAUGAGGAGCUGGAGGAACUGCAGGAAAUGGAGCAGAUCGAGGAGCUGGAGGCGAAGCAGGUUGCCUGGCGUCAGCAGGUGGCGAUGGCCAUGGAGAGCGGUGACCCCGUCAACGGCCUCCCGCAGGGCCUCCGCAUGCGCGUCGGUGAGCAGGAGACGCGAGAUGAGGAGGCUGUAUCACCCUCGGCCACGAAGCUGGCGCCGCAGCCGGUGGCAGCCACACGAUGGGAGUUCUGGCUUCUUGCCUUGGUCUGUUUGGUGAGCUUUUGCACAACCCUCCACUUCACCUGGAACCAUCUUCUUGCCGGCCCCACGCGCGAGGUGGGCACCGGCACGGGUGGUCCCAGUGGCCCACCCUGUAGGCAGUGCAAGGCGGAGUGGUGGCAGGACUUCUGGCAAUGGCGACUUCAGGAACUCGAAGGUCAGGGUCGCUCAGAGCCACCUCGGGGUAUGCAGUGGGAAUGGGGGGACUCCGCGAACAACACCGACUGGUAUCAGUCCAGCGCGGAGUUUGUGGACGAGCUGGUGCGGCCCUUUGCCGACCCGGGCUUGGGCCCUGUGCUGCACCUGGGCUGUGGAGAUGCACCUGUCCCCGAGCUGCUGCUGCGAGCCGGCUUUCCGAAUUCCAUGCACAUCGACAUCGCCCCCCAGGUCAUCGAGGUCAUGAGACGCCGGUAUCCUGUCAAAGAGUUUCCAGGCCUGGGCUUUUCGACCCGCGACUUCCUGAAAAGCGGGCCUCCGGCCGAUGCGAGAUACUGUGCUGUUCUGGACAAGGCCGGUAUCUGGGAUUGGCUGCAAGAGGAGGCCCCGCAGAUGCUGCCACACCUGCUCCGCCUGGUUCGGAAAGCGCUGGUGCCACCUCCAGACGAAAGCGUCUACAUCAUCGCCACAAAGCAGACGCCUUCGGAGCUGGCGGAUACGCUGGCAAGUGUGCACAGCAGCGCGGCUCUCGACUUCCAUGUCGAAGCCACGAGAAGGCUUGGAAACAGUGGCGUGGCUUGGGGAUACGUGCUGACCGUUCUCUGA